AAUUCUAGCCGGGGCUCAGAUUGUCUGUGUGAGAACGAAGAAGAAAGGACCAUGGGCUUUCUGCUGCUGAUCCUUCUGGCUCUGCUAGCCUCUGUCCUGGGGGGCUUCUACCUCCUGGGGGCUUUCAGGCAGCGUCGACCCGGGGAACCCCCCCUGGACCGGGGCCCCAUCCCCUGGCUGGGCCAUGUCCUUGAGUUCCGCAGGGACACAGCGAAGUUCCUGGAGAGGAUGAAGGGGAAGCAUGGGGAUAUUUUCACCGUGCAGCUGGGAGGAUUCUACUUCACAUUCCUUAUGGACCCUCGGUCCUUCGGGACGAUUGUGAAGGAGGCCCGCACCAAACUGGACUUCAGCAAGUUUGCACAACAUCUGGUGCAGAAAGUGUUUGGUUACCACUCCGACCACAGGUUUCCUCAGAUGUCCAGCAACAAGCACCUGAUGGGGGACGGUUUAGUUGUCAUGACACAGGCUAUGAUGAGCAACCUACAGAAUCUGAUGCUGCACAGUGUAGGGACGGGGGAUAAUAACCAUAUGCCCUGGAAUGAGGACGGUCUGUUCAACUACAGCUACAACAUUGUCUUCAGGGCAGGUUACCUGGCUCUGUUCGGGAAUGAGACACCAAAAUCCACAGAGAGCAUGGAGAAAGCCAGAGAGGUCGACAGAGUGGAGUCCCAGGAGCUCUUCCUUGAGUUCCGUAAGUAUGACCAGCUCUUCCCCAAUCUGGCCUAUGGGGUCCUGCCUCCAGCGGAGAAGAGAGAGGCGGAGAGGCUGAAGAGGCUGUUCUGGAACAUGCUGUCAGUGCAGAAGGUGAAGACCAAGGAGAACAUCAGUGUCUGGGUGCGCGAUCAGCAGCAGGAGAGGGAGGAGCACGGCAUGGAAGACUUCAUGCAGGACAGGUAUAUGUUUCUUCUCCUUUGGGCCUCACAGGGCAACACAGGCCCUGCUGCCUUCUGGCUGCUCUUCUACCUCAUGAAGCACCCAGACGCCAUGAGGGCCGUGCAGGGGGAAGUGGAGGAGGUGCUUAAGGAGACGGGCCAGGAUGUGAAGCACGAAGGCCCUUUCAUCAACCUGACCCAGGACAUGCUGCAAAAGACGCCCAUCCUGGACAGCGCCGUGGAGGAGACCCUCCGCCUCACCUCCGCCCCCGUCCUCACCAGGGCCGUGCUCCAGGACAUGUCCCUCAAGAUGGCAGAUGGAAACGAGUACCGCAUCAGAGAAGGAGACAGAGUAGCCCUGUUUCCUUACACUGCCGUCCAGAUGGACCCGGAGGUCCACCCGGACCCACUCACCUACAAGUAUGAUCGCUUCCUGACAGCAGAGGGGGGUAAAAAGACGGACUUUUACAAAGGUGGGAAAAAAAUUAAAUACUACAACAUGCCGUGGGGUGCUGGGAUCACUAUGUGCCCAGGACGCUUCUUCGCCACCAAUGAGCUGAAGCAGUUUGUCUUCCUCAUGCUCACAUACUUUGACUUUGAGCUCAAGAACCCAGAUGAAAAGAUACCUGAUAUUGACACCAAGCGCUGGGGCUUUGGGUCCAUGCAUCCAACCAGAGACAUCCAGUUUAGAUACAGACUUAGGUUUUAAAAAUGGUUGACUGACACAAACCAGCCUUUGACAACGUUUUGACAACUGUUAAUCUGAUGAUGAUUAUUAUAAACGAUGUGCCUAAACAUUAAUUUAUCUUGAGUACAUAGUACAGUAAAAUGUGUUACAGUAUUACAAUAACUGGAUAUAAUUACUGUGUUAAUAUAGAUGAAAAAUAAUUGACCUGUUCUCUCUUUGAAAAUGACUGGAAGGAAUAUUUUUGUUUAUGCUUAGAGUCAACUGGAAAGUAGAUAUUGCAUAAUUGAAAGCUGACAUGGAUAGAAAAUAUUCUGUCCUGUAAAGCCGGUGAGUAAUAGGAAAGGGUUACAAAGAGUAUUAUAAAUGCACAUAUGUUAUCUGUAAGUGAACUACAACAAAAUAUAUAAAGUUAACUUUAUCCCAUUA